AUGGCCACAACGUCUGGUUCUGUAAAUCAGACGAGUGAUCGAUUUGCACCGCGAACUUGUAUUCCGUGCAAGUCUAGCAAGAAGAAAUGUGACAAGAACCUACCAACGUGUGAUCGCUGUUCCAGGCUUGAUCUCCCUUGCACAUAUGAUGGCGCAGCAGAGACAGUUCAAGACAUCACGGCCAAAUCUCAAGCCAUCCUUGACAGGCUGGAGAGGCUCGAGUCGCGUGUAUUUGCAUCUGAAGAGCAGCGGACUACCGUGUCACCUGAUCAUCACGCCAAAUCCAGCAUUGAGGUCAAGCAAGCGCAGGAAAAUGCUUGGCAGUUGAGACCUAACCUACUUCAGCCGUCCUACUUGGAAUUUAUAAAUCCUAGAGGAGAAAAGCACUUCAAUUCGGACAGUGGGUCGGAUUUACUUCGAUUCAAUACACGACUUUCUGCCAAUUAUCUCUAG